UCCUCCGUCUUGCAAAAUCCGUAACACCGUCUAUGCUAAGUAAGUCACCCGUCAAGAUACACGGUCCACCAUCUAUGAUCCACCAUGUACUGUACCGUCGACUAUGGUACCCUCCACGCUCCACAGCAAUCAUCAAUGCGAGCGAGGGGCCGGUGAAAUUCAUAUAAAAAGGGGGAUGGACCCUUUUCCGACAGACAUCCCACAGUAUCCCUUGAAAUAAGCCGAAAACCAACAAUGUUCUUCGCAAAGCUCGCCAUCGUCACCCUCCUUGCGGUCAGCGCCAACGCGGGCAUCAUGGUGAACCUCAGGAACAGCUUCGGCAAAUGCCUUGACGUUCCCUACGGCAACCGGCUACAAGGUCAAGCCCUCCAGGUCUGGGACUGCAACGGUGGUGACAACCAACAGUGGGCCAUUACAGACGGUGCGGACUUCUGGGUCGUGUCCGGCAGCCUCUGCCUUGACACCAGGGGCAAUGGUCCUGGAAGGACCACCGCUGAGCUUUGGGAAUGUAGCAACAAUGUUGGCCAGAAAUGGCACUGGGCCGGCCACUCCCUCGUCAACGGCUACGGCUACUGCCUCGACACCAACGGUAACAUCGCAGACUCGGGUACGGCGGUUAAUGUCUGGGAUUGCAACGGCUCCGCCGGGCAGGGAUGGUACUACUAAGCUGUAUUGUAAUGGAUUGAAAAGAUGUUAGAUUACUGUAGAACCGUUACCGUUAAGUUGGGGUGACGAUUAGAAGCU